AUUUGCGCCGAAGAUACCAAAACUUCUUGCGCUCAGCCUUGAUCACGAAGAUAUAUACCCGCUUCUCUGUCUUCUCGCUGUCCACAUCUUCCCUUGCGCCCAACGGCCUUUGAGCAACACAGUCUGCAUCACCACAUCACCAUGGCGCAACGACCGGUAUUUUGGCAGAAGCGCGUUCUCGUGCCCUUCUGGAUAGUGCGAAUAUGUAUCAUGAUCUUGAUCAUUGCAGCAUAUGGCUAUUCCCUGCGGACUGUGGAUGAACUAAAGGAUGUCAUCCAACCAUCAACUGGAUCAGUCGUUGUCUUCAUGCUCUUCAUCGUCAUUGUGCUCCUCAUCGACAUUCUUGCGAUCAUCAUGUUCCUUGGCGACAAGCUGAAGCCAGGCACUUUCCUGACCAUGAACUGCUUCCAAACUGGAUUCUGGACUGGCGUCUUGAUCAUGGACUUUGUCGCCAUAGGCCAGGGCGCCAGCACUGUAGGAAUUGGAUUCAGCAUCUUCGUAUUCCUCACCUUCCUCGGUCUCCUCAUCUACGCCAUCGUCGGUUACCGUCGCGCGAAGAAAGAAGCCCAACGGGGCCAGUAUGCGCCAGCGCAUAACCCAUUGGCGGCGGCGGCUGCUGCACAAUCGUCCCCGUACAACAGCGUCCCCGAGUACCAACAGAAUACCGCAUACCAUUCGCAGACACAGCCUGAUAUGCACAACCAGUACCUUCCACCAUACCAAAGUGGUGCUGCGACGGACUACUACCAGCAGCCUGUGAAGCCCGCCCACAUUGUAUGAGCGAAGGAGACGGAGAUGACGAGGUUUACAAAAGGCGUUUUGGUGAAAUAGGAAAGGUCAAUACCACGGUCAAACGGUGUUCCGGUCUGUACUUUCACAUGUUGCAUGCUUCCAUGACCAGAAAUCGGUCUAGAGAACUUGAUCGUCACGAACGAUGGUAGUGAUAAUAUCAGUGAGGGACGGGCCGUUAGAUUAUUGCGCACUUGCGCCGGACCUGUCCCAUUCGGCAGGUGUAGGAAUGACACCCUGAAACUAUCGAUUCAUGUACCAAAGACUUCCUCAGGCACCGAAAAUCCGUGAAUGAUACCACAAGC